CACACACAACCUCUCUCAAACACACACACGCAUACCGCUUAGUCUUUUUCUCUCUCACACACACACACCUUUCAGUCAGCUCCAGGUUCUCGGAGCGCCCGCUACUGGACUACACACACACUCUUGUCAGUCUCCCUCACACACGCUCUGACUCUCUCAGUGAGCUCCAGGUUCUCUGAGCGGCCGCCGCUGGAGCUGUGACCGCCGACAGUGCCCCGCGCUCGGCAUGUGGACGCCGCUGGCCGCGCUGCUGCUGCUGGAGUCUGCUGGUCCUCCUCCUGUCAUCAUGUGUGCUGCUGCUGUGUGCAGAAGAGCCAAACCCAGCUCCAGGUGUAGAUCUCCUCCUUCAUCUGGGUCUGUCGGGCCUCAGAGAGCGUCCCUCCUCCGGGUCAGCGCACCUCAGCUCUGCGUCUCCGCCAGUGCCCACUCUGCCUGCCGGUGUGGGGGUGACCCUGGCCCGGGACGCCCUCAGUGAAGCCCCCAGCGCUGGUCUCCUCCCCGCAGGCACGGAGCAGGAGUUUUCCAUCAUCGUGAGCUUGAGCUCCUGGAGAGCCAACAAUGCCUUUCUGUUCAGUGUGCGGGACGCCAGGGACGGGCUGCAGUUCGGCAUACAGCUGCUGCCCGGCCGGAUCGCGGUCCACACCGGCGGGAAGACUUCACUUUACUUUAAACAUGAUGUGCAGGAUGGACGGUGGCACUCGUUCGCUGUUGGAGUGCGGGCCCGUUCUGUCUCUCUGUAUGCGCUGUGUGGAGAUGUGCAUCACGAGGAGCAGACGCUGACCCGUGUGCAGACGCUGCCCGCUGACGGACGGCUCUCCGUGGGCCGCAUGGACUCCAGAGCGCCGCAGUUUGAAGGAGCCUUAUGCCAGCUGGACAUCUACCCAUCAGCCCAGGCUGCGGCACACUACUGCCAGUAUCUUAAAAAACAGUGCAGACUGUCGGACACCUUCCGAUCUCAGUCCCCAACAGGAUCCCCAGAUCUCCAGCUAAGCUCUUCAGAAUCACAAGUCAUCCCCCACACCGACUCUUAUCCCUCAGCACUCAUCCAUCAGUCAUCGACGAGCUCUCCACUGUUGCGCUCUCGGCAUACAGACCCGUCUACAAGAUCAUCGAGCAGGAGAUUCAAUCUGGAGACGUCCACCAGAAGCCCAGGCAAGAGUCUCGAUGCUGAAAACGAGACCGAGGAUCAUCAUCUUAAGAAGCCGAGAGGGACUCGAUCCACCCCAGAUCUGAUCUCCAUCAUCAGGCAGAGCCGUCUUAAAGAUUUCUCCAGAUACAAUGGAAGAUCCCAGCAAACCCAGAGCGAGGUCAGAGUCAACAACACCGUCCUGUACCGGCAGGAGAGCAGCUACAAUCUGCUGGAGCGAUCAGAGGAGCAGGACCCAGGGUACUCCGAGGGUUACGGAUACGACUACGGUUUCGAGGAAGACGAGUAUUUCUUCGACUAUGAUGGAUUCGUUGGUCCUAAAGGAGAGCCGGGUCCUCCAGGCCCCGCCGGUCCCCCAGGUCUGCCCGGACCCCCUGGAAAGAGAGGAGCUCGGGGUCCGCCUGGUCCUCACGGGAGCCCUGGGCCGCCUGGCUUACCUGGUCUAAAGGGAGCUAAAGGAGAUCCAGGCCUGUCCCCGGGUCAGGCGCCAGCAGGAGAUCCGGGUGAUCGAGGUCGGCCGGGUCCCCCAGGUCCUAAGGGUGAUCCAGGUCUGAAGGGUCCCAAAGGCUAUCCAGGACCCGCAGGUCUGCCCGGAGAACAGGGUUUGCCAGGGUUGCCAGGCGUGUCUGGGGCGGCGGGUUACCCUGGCAGGCAGGGUUUGGUUGGACCAGAGGGAAACCCGGGACCUAAAGGUGUCAACGGCUUCAUCGGACCACCAGGAGUUGCGGGACCGCCAGGACUGGAAGGAGAGAGAGGAGUUCCGGGUCCUAGAGGAAACACAGGUCCCAAAGGAAGACAGGGGGUGGUGGGAGACCCGGGAGAACGAGGACCUCCGGGACCAGAUGGAAAUCAGGGGCCCGUCGGGGGAACCGGCAGCAGUGGAUUCCCAGGCCUGAGAGGUGAUUCAGGGCCUGAGGGUCCGCGUGGGUUGCCAGGUAUUGUGGGAGCUCAGGGCCUGGGCGGAGGGGCGGGGCCUCCUGGAAUGAAAGGGUGAACCAGGCCUGAGAGGAGAACCGGGAGAAUCGGGUUACCCGGGAGACAAGGUGAAC